UUUCCUUACUGACUCUAUAAAGUCAGCUCUGGUUGCACUAUGUACUCCAGCACUUCACCACGCAGAGGGAAAGGAAGCAAGAGGGGAAAAAGAAGGCUGAAGCAUGAACAAGGCAGAAUUCAUCACUGCUGCAGGAUUUGCCAUAUCAUUGCUGUUCCACAUGACCCAAACUGAGGUGUGUCCUCCUUCCUGCAAUUGUAAGUCACUGGGAGAAACGAAGGGUUUGCAGAUAGACUGCAGUUCAAGGAAGCUGAAGGAAGUGCCUGCCUUGCCCGUUAACACCAAGAGGCUUUAUCUGCAGAAUAACAGCCUGACCACGGUUCCUCCUGGGGCCUUGGACAGCCUGCUCAGUGUGGAGGAAGUAAAAAUAUUUGACAAUCCUUGGAACUGUGACUGUCAUAUUCUGUAUCUAAAAUUCUGGUUAGAAGAUGUCUCUGAACCCUCUCUUGCAAACAUCAGAUGUGCAACUCCUGCUCCUGUGAGGAUGAAGCCCUUGAAGCAGCUGACUGGGAAUGAGCUGGGGACCUGCAAGAAGUCUCUCCCAAUCAAAUGUCUUGAGUUCUUUUGGAGAGACUUAAUUUUAAUUGCUGCAGCAAUAGUUACAUUUAUUUUAGUAGCAUGGGCUCUGAAAUUCUCAAAAAAGGUGGUCUACCAAAUAAACCUACGUCGGUACACCACCAGGGGCCCUCUGUUGUGGAGGCACACCUCCAAAAACCAAAAGCUACAUUGA